GUAAGUAAUCACCUGUUACAUUUGCUGGACUAUUGUCGAUUAUUUUUGUUCGAAAUUCAAAAAUACAGCUUUUUAUUUUUUUAUAAGUGAAACGAAUAAAGCGUGUUUGAAAAUGGAAUAUCUACCAAAGAAUGAAAUAUUGGAAUUCAAUCCGGAUACUUUUGAAUUUGUGAGAAAAACAUUUGGGUUAGACAAACCCGGGGCUAUGAGUGAAGCUGUUGAUAUCCUAGAGGAAUGGAUCAAGAAGCAACAGCAUUUUACCACGAAAAAGAUUAGUAGGGAAUUUCUAGAACGUGUAAUAAUAGCCAAUAAGGGGUCGAUAGAGAGGUCCAAAGAAAGGCUGGACAGACUCCUCACUCUAAGGACACUCUCUCCUAAGUUCUUCAAAAAUUACGAUGCUAGAUAUGAUUUUCAAGGGAUUCAGAAUAUUAUCACAUACGUUCUUCUUCCAAAGCUGAAUAAAGACCAUGAAAGGAUCUUCCUCUGCAGAGUAGUUGGCAAGAAAUUUUCACCUCAAAUGUAUCUUGACGGCUACAGAUUUAGUAUUUUGUUUGCGCAGUACAUAAAAGCGCACGACUAUGCGUCAGCCUACCACGUGGUCAUAGACUACCGAGCGGUGGAUGUUGCUAAUAUGCUCGCCAACGCUAAUAUCUCUGAUCUGCGGGAAGGAGUUGCUACUCAUAUGGAAGGUUACGGUCUCCGGCUUAAAGGAGUGCACAUUCUAACUGAUUCACAUUUAGUGGAUGCCAUUAUAUCAAUUGCCAAGCAAGUGGUUAGUGCAAAGAUUGGUCAACGAAUACAUACUCAUAAGAAACUAGAUACUCUUUAUGAUUAUAUUCCUAAAGAACUUUUACCAGUUGAGUAUGGAGGUAAAGAAAGGCCAAUUAUGCAACUUCAUGCCGACUGGAUGAAAAUAUUUUCCUCUGAAGAGUUCAGACAAUAUUGGAAGGACAUGAUCGCUAUCAAGACUGACGAAUCACUCAGACAGACAGACAAGUUCAACGAGCAGUAUAUGGGGAUGCCUGGCACCUUCAGGACACUUAGUGUUGACUGAAACAUCAACUAAACGGUCAUUGUUUUUAGGAUAAUAAAUUAAAUGUAGGUAGGUAGUCAAAAUGACAAUGGUUAUAAAGAAAGGUACAGAGGGUUUCUCUUUUGUUUUGUAUUUACUUUUUUCCUGUUUGUGCAAUAAAGUAUUUGUUAUGUUAUUUUAUUCAAUUCAAUUCAAUUCAAUUCAAAUUAUUUAUUUCAGAUUAAUAUCCAUAAUUAUAAGUAUAAGUACAUCAGAUUAGAUUAGAUAAAUUAAAAUUAAAUUAUAUAAAAAGUCAAAUAAAAUUAAUAUUAUUAAUAAAAAUGAAAUUACACGAAAUAAAAU